GUUUCGUUAUUACAGCAGUUCAGUUCCGGAAGAAAAGCAUCCUUCUUCUCCAACUUGCACUUUAAAGUCUUAGGGUUUGCUCGAUUUGGUCCGAGAUUUCGAAUUCCGACGAUUCUACAGAUUGAUCUUGUGCUAGUUUGAUCGAGAUGGCUCCAGGUCCAGAUCCGAACAGCGUUGGUGAUGGUGCGAAGCGAGAUGAAGCUACGAUUAAGGUUCCUUCCAAGGAUCCCAAGAAGAAGGAUGAUAAGAAAGAGGAAGAUCUGUCUGAAGAGGACUUGCAACUAAAGCAGAACCUGGAGCUCUAUGUUGAGAGGGUCCAAGACCCUAAUCCUGAACUCCAGAAGGCUGCUCUCGAAAGCAUGAGGCAGGAGAUCCGUGCCUCAACAAGCUCCAUGACGUCGGUUCCUAAACCCCUCAAGUUUCUCCGCCCUCACUAUGGAACUCUUAAGGAGUUUCAUAAAAAUAUGGCGGAGUCCGAUCUCAAGAAAUUGCUGGCUGAUAUACUGUCUGUCUUGGCACUGACCAUGUCUGCUGAGGGUCAAAGGGAAAGCUUAGGAUAUAGGUUGACUGGAUCAGAGGGUGAUAUCGGAUCUUGGGGUCACGAGUAUGUCAGGAACUUGGCCGGAGAGAUUGCUGAAGAGUAUACAGUUCGUCAGGGUGAGGAGGCUUCUAUUGAAGACUUAAUGGAUCUUGUGCAGCAAAUUGUUGCUUUUCACAUGAAGCAUAAUGCAGAAACUGAAGCUGUUGACCUCUUAAUGGAUGUUGAGGAUCUUGAUCUUCUACUUGAGCAUGUAGACCGCACUAAUUUCAGGAGGACGUGCAACUAUCUCACCAGUGCAGCCAAGUACCUUCCAGGACCGGACGACAUGCUGGUUUUAGAUAUUGCUUACAUGAUCUACAUUAAGUUUGAAGAAUAUCCAAACGCUUUGCAAAUUGCACUGUUUCUUGAUAACAUGCAGUAUGUGAAGCAAGUGUUUACCUCAUGCACUGACCUGCUAAGAAAGAAACAGUUCUGCUACAUGAUAUCACGUCAUGGCAUCACCUUUGAGCUUGACCCUGAGAUGGUUGAAAACGACGUUGACAGAGAAAUGCUACAGGAUAUUGUUAACAACACAAAGUUAAGUGAAGGAUAUCUGACGCUUGCAAGGGAUAUUGAGGUCAUGGAAGCCAAGACGCCUGAAGACAUCUACAAGGCUCACUUGCUUGAUGGCAGGGCUAGCUCUGGCCCAAGUGCGGAUUCCGCUAGACAAAAUCUGGCUGCCACUUUUGUGAAUGCAUUUGUAAAUGCUGGUUUUGGCCAGGACAAAUUGAUGACAGUGCCAUCAGACUCGACCAGUGGAUCUGCUGGAAACUGGCUCUUCAAAAACAAAGAACAUGGCAAGACCAGUGCAGCUGCUAGUCUGGGUAUGAUUCUACUGUGGGAUGUGGACGCUGGACUCACUCACCUCGACAAAUAUUUCCACUCCAAUGAUAAUCCAAUCAUCGCUGGAGCUCUGCUUGGUGUUGGGAUUGUUAACUGCGGCAUUAAGAAUGACUGUGAUCCUGCAUUGGCCCUUCUUGGAGAAUACAUUGACAAAGAGGACUCAUCUGUCCGAAUCGGUGCUAUUAUGGGCCUCGGGAUUGCAUACGCAGGCUCCCAAAACGAUCAGAUAAGAAGCAGUUUGUCUCCAAUACUAAACGAUGCAAAAGCACCUCUCGAUGUGAUUGCGUUUGCCGCACUUAGUUUAGGGAUGAUUUACGUUGGUUCGUGUAACGAAGAGGUUGCACAGUCCAUCAUAUUCGCUUUGAUGGAUCGGAGUGAGGCGGAACUGGGUGAAGCCCUCACUCGCUUCUUGCCUCUAGGACUUGGACUUCUGUACCUUGGCAAACAGGAGAGUGUGGAGGCCACCGCAGAGGUUUCGAAGACGUUCAAUGAGAAAAUCAGAAAGUAUUGUGAUAUGACACUUCUUUCAUGUGCGUAUGCUGGAACUGGGAAUGUCCUUAAGGUCCAGGACCUUCUGGCUCAGUGUGGAGAGCAUCUGGAGAAGGGUGAUAUCCACCAGGGUCCAGCCGUGCUUGGGUUAGCGAUGGUGGCUAUGUCUGAAGAACUGGGUCUUGAUAUGGCCAUCCGUUCUCUGGAGCGCGUGCUGCAAUAUGGAGAACAGAACGUUCGUCGUGCAGUGCCUUUGGCACUUGGUCUCCUAUGUAUUUCAAACCCAAAGGUGACUGUUAUGGACACCUUGAGCCGGCUUAGCCAUGACACAGAUUCAGAAGUUGCCAUGUCAGCGAUUGUUUCCCUUGGUUUGAUCGGCGCUGGAACUAACAAUGCAAGGAUUGCUGGCAUGCUUAGAAACCUCUCCAGCUAUUAUUACAAGGAUGCCAGCCUCCUCUUCUGUGUGCGUAUUGCUCAAGGGCUGGUGCAUAUGGGAAAGGGUCUCUUAACUCUCAGCCCCUUCCACUCUGAGAGGCUCUUGCUAUCCCCAACCGCGCUUGCUGGUAUAGUAACAUUGUUGCAUGCAUGCCUUGACAUGAAAUCCAUCAUACUGGGGAAAUACCAUUACGUGCUCUACUUCCUCGUCCUGGCGAUGCAGCCAAGGAUGAUGCUGACGGUGGAUGAGAACUUGAAGCCCAUCUCCGUGCCAGUGCGAGUAGGACAAGCGGUUGAUGUGGUUGGACAGGCAGGUCGUCCCAAGACAAUCACUGGGUUCCAAACCCACUCAACACCAGUUCUCCUUGCUGCUGGGGAGAGAGCUGAGCUCGCAACUGACAAGUACAUUCCAUUGUCUCCCAUACUAGAAGGUUUCAUCAUAUUGAAAGAAAAUCCAGACUAUAGAGAGGAGUGAAUCCGAAGUUUGAAGUGACGAGCAUUUGGAAGAGCUAUGUGGUUGUUAUGUGCACAAGAAAUCCUUUUUGUGUGCUUAGUUUAUUGGCUUAUGUUCCCAUUAAAUGGUUUAGUUUUUACAAUUUCCUUUUGUUGAAUCGCGCUUAUUGUGCACUAAAUCAUUCUAAAGUUGGAUAAUAUUUUUUUUCCAAAUUUUCAAUUCUCUAGAUCGACUUGUUCUACU